GCAGCGAGGGAUAUAGCCAUCUUGGCGUGUGUGCGUGUGGGCGCGUGUCCUAACACUGACGUUUCUAGGCUCCGGGUACUGCUGCAUGGCGGGUGACUCCCUACACCCCCCCUUCUCCUUCUCUGCCUCUCUCUCUCUUCCCUCCUCUCUGCUUGCGGAAAACUAAUGAAUCAUGUCUAGCUGAACCCAAGCCGCCAACACACCAAUGCCGGGCGAUGUUGACGGGGCACCGCCUCUGCCUCUCCGCCCGUCCUCCUCCCCCAGUUUGUAAUCUGACACAGGGCACUGCAGUUGUCUCCGCGGUGAGCCUCCGGAGCCUUGGCACUGCUCGCCUCCAAGAAAUGACCUACCAUACUUGAAGCCUGUGGGUGCAGGAGCUUUAUCAUCUUUGGAAGACCCAUCUUUCCCACUUUGUGUCCUGUGACUAGAAACCCAGCAGUGGAACUUUGGGGAAAACCAACUGAAGGAUGCUGCCCUGGGAGAACGUUGCCUGAGAUCCCAUCAUGCAAGCCUUCCUGUGAAGGGCCGGUCAGCAUGAUGAGGUAAGGGCAGAGCAUGCCCUGCUCCGCCACGCGCUCUCCGCAGUUCCCGGGGGACACAACUCGCCCGUGAGGGAAAAGCGCCAGCCCCGAGCCAAGCUGGAGAACCUGGAACAGGUCCUGAAGCACAUGCGAGAGGCCGCUGAACGGCGGCAGCAGCUGGAAGCAGAGCAUGAGCAGGCCCUGGCUGUCCUCAGCGCCAAACAGCGGGAAAUCGACCUUCUGCAGAAGGCUCAGGUUGAAGCCAAGAAGGAGCAUGAAGGUGCUGUGCAGCUGCUAGAGUCCAAGGUCCGAGAGCUGGAAGAGAAAUGCCGGACUCAGAGUGAGCAGUUCAACCUGCUGUCCCGGGACCUGGAGAAGUUCCGGCAGCACGCGGGCAAGAUUGACCUGCUGGGUGGCAGCGCAGUGGCCUCUCUGGAUGUCCCCACAACGCCUGGCAAGCCUUUCCCUCCAUUCAUGAAUGGCUUAGCCACCUCCAUCAGCAAAGGCCAGGAGAGCACUAUUAGAAGUGGCUCUGCAAUUGGAGAAUAUAUCCCGCCUCUCCCACUCCCUGCUGACAAGCCAGAGUCUCUGUCCACCAAGCCCACCUUUCUGUCAAGAUCCGGCAGCCCAAGAUGCAGAUUUGAGUCAAACAUGGAGAAUGAACGGAACUCCAAUACCUCAAAGCAGAGAUACUCGGGGAAGGUCCACCUGUGUGUCGCCCGCUACAGCUACAACCCCUUCGAUGGGCCCAAUGAAAACCCGGAAGCUGAGCUGCCUCUCACGGCGGGAAAGUACCUCUACGUCUAUGGGGACAUGGACGAGGAUGGGUUCUAUGAAGGAGAACUCCUUGAUGGGCAGAGGGGUUUGGUGCCCUCCAACUUCGUGGAUUUUGUCCAGGACAACGAGUCUCGGUUGGGAAGUACGCUGGGGAAUGAACAGGAUCAGAACUUUAUCAACCAUUCCGGCAUCAGCUUGGAGGGGGAGAACAUUCUGGACCUCCACUCGCCCACUCACAUAGACUCGGGCAUCACAGACAACAGUGCGGGGACGCUGGACCUGAACAUCGAUGACGUUGGAGAAGACAUUGUGCCUUACCCUAGGAAAAUCACCCUCAUCAAACAACUCGCCAAAAGUGUCAUUGUGGGCUGGGAGCCCCCAGCAGUACCGCCGGGGUGGGGAACCGUGAGCAGCUACAACGUGCUGGUAGACAAGGAGACGCGAAUGAGUCUCAUGCUGGGGAGCAGGACCAAGGCCCUCAUUGAGAAGCUCGACACGGCUGCCCGCACCUACCGCAUCUCUGUGCAGUGUGUCACAAACAGGGGCAACUCUGACGAGCUGCGGUGCACACUGCUCGUGGGCAAGGAUGUGGUGGUGGCACCCUCCCACCUGCGGGUGGACGAUGUCACACAGGUCUCCGCCCAGCUCUCCUGGCUGCCCACCAACAGCAACUAUAGCCACGUCAUCUUCCUCAAUGAGGAGGAGUUCGACAUUGUCAAGGCUGCACGUUAUAAGUACCAGUUCUCCAACCUCAGGCCCAACAUGGCCUACAAGGUGCGGGUUCUGGCCAAGCCCCACCAGAUGCCGUGGCAGCUGCCCCUGGAGCAGAGGGAGAAGAAGGAGGCCUCCGUGGAGUUUUCCACAUUGCCCGCAGGUCCUCCAGCCCCCCCACAAGAUGUCACCAUCCAAGCUGGGGCCACCCCGGCCACCAUCCAGGUCUCCUGGAAACCACCUGUGCUGACUCCCACUGGGUUGUCCAACGGAGCCAAUGUUACUGGCUAUGGUGUGUACGCAAAGGGGCAGAGGGUGGCUGAAGUCAUCUUCCCCACGGCGGACAGCACAGCAGUGGAGCUCACCCGACUGCGCAACCUGGAGGCCAAGGGCGUGACUGUGCGCACCCUCUCCGCGCAGGGGGAGUCGGUGGACUCUUGCAUUGCUGCCAUCCCCCCUGGCCUCCUGGUGUCCCCACCCCUGCACCAAAGGACUGCUCCUGCAGCAAAGCCACUAGCCAGUGCCAGGGCCCCAGAUACCAAAGAUGAACACUUGGGUCCCUACGCCGCAGUGGAUGAUUCCUGGGAGCAGGGCCGCACGCACGCCCCUGUGCAUGGGCACAUGUUGGAGCCGCCGCCGGGGCUGCCUGGCUCAGGGAGGCGGUCACCCUCUCCCAGCCGGAUCCUGCCACAGCCGCAGGGGGCCCCAGUGUCCACCUCUGUUGCCAAGGCCAUGGCCCGGGAAGCUGCUCAGAGAGUGGCCGAGAGCAGCAGGUUAGAGAAAAGGAGCAUCUUCCUAGAAGGGAGCAGCGCAGGGCACUACGCCCCCUCAGACGAGGAGGAUGGCUACGACUCCCCUGACGUCAAGAGGAGAGGGGCCUCCGUGGAUGACUUCCUGAAAGGGUCUGAACUCGGCAAGCAGCCCCACUGUUGCCAUGGAGAUGACUACCACACUGAGAGUAGCCGGGGGUCUGACCUCUCAGACAUCAUGGAGGAAGAUGAGGAGGAACUCUAUUCUGAAAUGCAGCUGGAAGAUGGGGGUCGGAGGCGGCCCAGCGGCACAUCCCACAAUGCCCUCAAGGAGUGCUCCGAACAUAGGACCUCCGAAAGCGUGUUCUCGGAGCAGCAGCCCCCACGCGGGAAGAGGCUUUUCAGUAUCCCCGAAGUAGCGGAGGAGGAGGCCGAGUGCUGCGAGCUGCACAAGCAGGGCCUUGGGGCGGCCACCAGGGCGCGGGUGCCACUGCUUGGAGAGCCCAGGCGCGCCAGGCUGCGCAGUGGGGACGAGGCCCCACGGGGCUCCUGGCUCUCCGAGGACAGAGGCUGCCGGCUCAGCCGCUCGGCCGCCAGGAGCCCAGACAGUGGCCUGGACUGUGGCAGCGAGGAAGAGCUGCGCCCUGGCCUGGGGAGCACCAAGGCCACUUGCCCCCCAGGGCACUGUCCCUGCGCUCGGAGCCCGAGGCCCUCGCUGGCCAGGCGGCGCACGCUGACCCGGCAGAGCAGCAUUGAGGAGGACUUUUGGGAGCAGGAGGACCCCAGCGUCGUGCUCAGGGGCGACGACACCCGGCCUGGCCCCGAGAGGCCCGCGCCCAGCAAGCACGGCUGGGACGAGCCCGCAGAGCGCCCGGACUUGCGGGGUGUCCGGAGGAACAGCGUAGCAAUGCCCGACAGCGGGAUGCCAGACAGUAGGGCCGCUGCCCAGCGCCCAAAGCCGGCUCCCAGAGCGGCGCAGGGCCCGCUGAUCUUAGGAAACCCAGCGUCUGCAGGACGGGCAGAUAGGGUGGCUCACGUAGGACGGAGGUUUCCCCGAGGCAGUGCUGGUCCACAGCGGUCCCGGAUGAGGCCUGUCCCGUCCAUCGAAAUUACAGUGGACAGUAGCAGUGAAGGCGGUUGGUCUCGGUCAGGUAGUGAGGGCCACAUCCCGCCUGUGCGAGACGGUGCUUGUUCCCGCAGCACCGGGGGACUCAAGAGCCGACCCAGGCGGCGGGUCAGGAGCCCUGACCUGCCUGCCCUCCCUCACGAUGAGUACAUGGGGCGAGACCGCCUGUCCCCAGACUUCUACGAAGAGUCAGAGACUGACCCUGGAGCUGAGGAGCCCCAGGCCCGCAUCUUUGUGGCUCUCUUUGACUAUGACCCACUCACCAUGUCCCCAAACCCAGAUGCUGCAGAGGAGGAGCUUCCCUUCAAAGAAGGACAGAUCAUCAAGAUUUAUGGUGAUAAAGAUGCUGAUGGAUUUUACCGUGGGGAAACCUGUGCUCGGAUAGGCCUUAUUCCUUGUAACAUGGUCUCUGAAAUUCAAGCUGAUGAUGAGGAGAUGAUGGAUCAGCUUCUUAGACAAGGCUUUCUCCCUCUAAAUACACCCGUGGAGAAGAUCGAGAGAAGCAGAAGGAGUGGCAGGCAUCACACGGUGUCCACACGCAGAAUGGUGGCUCUGUAUGACUAUGACCCCAGAGAAAGCUCACCAAAUGUGGAUGUCGAGGCUGAACUUACAUUUUGCACGGGAGAUAUCAUUACUGUUUUUGGUGAAAUUGAUGAAGAUGGAUUUUAUUAUGGGGAGCUGAAUGGGCAGAAAGGCCUUGUACCUUCAAACUUCCUGGAAGAAGUGCCUGAUGACGUAGAAGUCUACCUUUCUGAUGCUCCUUCCCACUAUUCUCAAGAAGCUCCAGCGCGUUCCAAGGCAAAAAGGGUUCCUCCUGAGGGUUCAGGGACAGCAAGGAGAGCUCCAUCCCCCACAGUCCAUCUCCAUUCGGGGUCACCUCCGUCAUCUUUGGGUUCUGGUAGUCCUGGGAGAGGCAGGGAAAUGUCCUCGAAAAAGAAAAAGGGGCUGCUUUCCAAAGGCAAGAAACUGCUGAAAAAGCUGGGUGCAGUGAAAUGAUUCAUGUGCUCAUGGACAACUUCCAAAUCUAUGUAAUUUUCUUUAAUUCCAAACUAGGGCUUUCAUGACUCAAGUACUUCCUAAAAAAACAAUCUUCUCCCCUGACAUCAGUAGAGAAAUGCACUUUUGCACUACCAUCCACUUUAAACCAACCGCAAGAACAAAGGGGAGCUGUUGCUCCCUCUGUCACCGCUGACAAUCUUCUUUGUCCAAGGUCUGAUCUGAGAGGUGGGAGGGGAUGUCUUAUUAAAAACAGGGGGACAAAUAGCUAUUUGUAGCUCACUCCCUACCUGUAAUUCCAGUCUUUGUGCAUUUGUCAUCCACUCUUAAAGGAAUGAUUUUCAACCUUUCUCCCUUUUCAAAAUGCUUGCCUCAUAAUGCAUAACUUUCACUUUAACUCUGGUCUUGAAAUUCCUAGUUUCAUUCGCCUUGAUGUUCUGCCUUAUAAAUGCACAAUGAUUUGUACUGUCUAAUAAAAAAUGCAGUGUAUACUUUGUAUGUGUUGUGCAUUCAGUGGUCUUCAUCCUCAACUGACACAGUGGCUUGAAAUCAAGUUGUACAGGCUGUGCAUUUUAAGAUACUGGUUUUAGUCUUUCAAAGCAAGCCAGGCAACACACAGAAGAUGUUUACUUAUUCAAUCAUUCAAAAGAGAAAGUAACUUUGGUAAAGUACCAGUCCUCCAACCUGCCAGAAAGGCGAUACACUUCAUUGCUUUUAGUGUUAUAUUUUGUGGCAUAUGGAUGGAUUUCUGUUACUUUCAUUAUUUGUCUAAAUGCCAUACCCAAAUACUCAGCAAUGAACAGCACACACACAUAAAGUAAUCCACAUAAUGCAUAAGCCACACCAAAAACACCCUAAAUCUGUUCAAAAUGAGUCCAUACCCAUCAUUGGCAUUUGAACAAAAGACUUAACAAAGUUGCUGGCAGAUGUAUUUGAUGGUUACUAUUUUGUAAUUCUUGUCCACUUGUAAAUUGUUUUUACUCUUUAUACAUACUUUUCAGACUGCCUUUCUUUUGUAAUUUAUGGAUGGUUUAUAAAUGAAUGACAAAGCUUUUCCCAUUGUGUCUUCAAAACUAUUAUAAAUUGUAAUAUGUGGUUAAGCUCUGUGUGGGUGUGUGCAUGUGUACAGUUAGUGUAAAAUAUUUUCUAGAAAUAAAAUUUGUUAUUUUAUA